AUGGGUUCCAGUCAAUUGUCACCUCAAAAGGAGCAAGAAAUUGCACUCAAAAUACUAGAGAGGGCCGAGCUGGCGCAAAUGACGCGCCAGCUUAGGGUUGGUCUUAGCAAAGUCGCGACACCGAAGAAAGGUUCACGGGAUGGAGUGAAACCUAGUUCAAGGUUGUCCCCAGUGAAGUUCGAGGUUCCAAGGAAUGUGCAAGAAACAGAGCGCAUUUCGCCUUUGAAGCGCGACAGGAGCUUCGGAUGUCAAUCUUUUGGUGAGGAGUGCGAGAACUCACUGGAAGACGGCACUUCACCCUCUAAAAUGCAGAAAAGGCCAACUACACCGCCAAGGGCAAAUAACAAAGUGAAUCGUGGAAAUGUGAAAACAGAAAGAGAUGAAAUAUCGGACCUUUUAGUGCCGCGAACCCCCAAGAGUUCCCACGGCAUUAACGACGUGGGUGCAGAUCUUCUAAUGUAUCUAGCGACCAGUCCCUACACAAGCACGAAUCUCGGUCAGGCCCCCCAGACGCCAUCCACCAUGACGAAUAGCGUGCAAGCCAGAGCUCCCACUACACCCUCAUACCCCUCGCAGAACUCAAGUAGCGACGCUGUGCGUCUUUCACAUCUCAAGAGCCAAACAACUCCCCCACAGUUGGGGUUCAAAGCUCCCAGCCAAGGUAUGGCUAGCUCCACGCUCCAAGAAACUCCAUCCCAGCAAGGUGCCUCUUACUCCGAAAUAAUGGAUUCUCCGGGUACCACCUUCUACGUUUCCUCGCCACAGAAGCCUAAGACAGGCUUCGGCGGCAACAAUUCUACAUCUUUACAAGUCCCAGGAACACCUUCUAGGGAGCUGCGCUCUGCGCAUCUCCUGAAAACGCCCAACUUCAACAUGGGUGAUUAUGUUCACAACUUAUUCAGCCCUUCACCACGCGUGACAAGUGGCUCAAUACGUGACACAAAGAAAGACUAA